AUGUUUUCUUCUAUUUCUUUCUUGGCGAUAUUAUUGGCAACCACUUUUCUACGAUCAGAAGCUCAGCUGAAUUCGACAUUUUAUUCGAGUACUUGUCCAAAUGUUUCUAAUAUUGUUCAAGGUGUCAUUCAGCAGGCUUUACAGUCUGAUCCACGCAUUGGCGCCAGCCUCAUAAGACUUCAUUUUCAUGAUUGUUUUGUUCAGGGGUGCGAUGCUUCGAUUUUGUUAGAUAACAACGGGACUAUACAGAGCGAGAAAGAUGCAGCUCCAAAUACUAACUCGACUCGUGGCUUCAACGUCGUGGACAACAUCAAGACUGCUGUUGAGAGUUCUUGCCCUGGUGUUGUGUCUUGUGCAGACAUUUUAGCCCUUUCUGCUGAAGCUUCUGUUUCUAUGGCAGGCGGUCCAUCGUGGAAUGUUUUACUAGGAAGAAGGGACAGCCGAACCGCAAACCAAGCAGGAGCAAAUAACUCAAUUCCAGCUCCUUUUGAGAUCCUAAGCAAUCUUACUGCUAAGUUUUCUGCGGUCGGCCUCAACACUACAGAUUUAGUAGCAUUAUCUGGUGCUCACACAUUUGGCCGAGCUCAGUGUAGAUUAUUCAGCAACCGCCUCUAUAAUUUUAGCGGAACAGGAAAUCCCGAUCCGACUCUAAACACGACGUAUUUGGCCACCCUACGCCAGAUAUGUCCACAGAAUGGAAGUGGAUUCACGGUGACCAACCUUGAUCCGACAACACUUGAUACAUUUGAUAACAACUAUUUCUCGAACCUACAAAACAAUCAAGGUCUUCUCCAAUCAGAUCAAGAAUUGCUUUCGACUUCUGGUGCUCCGACUAUAUCCAUUGUCAAUCUCUUCAGCAGUAAUCAAAGUGCCUUCUUUGCAAGCUUUGUGCAGUCAAUGAUAAACAUGGGAAAUAUCAGUCCAUUGACAGGUACCAGUGGGGAAAUUAGAUCAAAUUGUAGGCAGGUUAAUUGA